GUACCACUCCUUUACAUGGCAUCAUGCGCAUUUUGAGACUGACGGUGGUCACAUUGCUGGCUACAGCUUGCUGCACACUAACAGAUGGAGCAAUCAGCAUCACAUGUGAAGGCUCUGAUGCUUUACUGCAAUGUGAUGGAGGUAAGAUCCAUAUCAAGCGUGCGAACUACGGUCGUCGUCAACACGAUGUGUGUUCUAUUGGGCGCCCUGAUAACCAACUCACCGACACCAACUGCCUCAGCCAAUCCUCCACCAGCAAGAUGGCAGAAAGAUGCGGUGGAAAGAGCGAGUGUAUUGUCCCUGCAUCCAAUUUCGUUUUUGGAGACCCCUGUGUCGGGACUUAUAAGUCCCUGGACACCAAAUACUCCUGUAUUUGGUGGAGGAUUGGCUGA